AUGGCCACGGCACAAAGACUUCUCAUCACUAUGUCCUGCGACGCCAGCACUCACCGGACAUUGCCUGCAUUCCUUCUUCUGGGUUUGCUAGCCGGGAUUGCAGCCACACACCCUGUUGUAAGCAGAACUAAUGGCACAUUGCUGGAGAGAGGAUGGCAAUCUCUGCUGUCCAGGUCCAUGGCUGGGAUGUCAGGGGAGAAGGCAGAUGUGAACUGGGAGAGUGACUAUUUGCUAGGAAUCAAGAGGCAGCGGAGGCUUUACUGCAACGUGGGCAUCGGGUUUCACCUUCAAAUCCUCCCAGACGGAAGGAUAAGCGGAGUUCACAAUGAAAACCAAUACAGUCUCUUUGAAAUAUCCACUGUAGAAAGAGGUGUUGUAAGUCUGCUUGGUGUGAAAAGUGCUCUCUUCAUUGCAAUGAACAGCAAGGGCAGGUUGUAUGGGACAGCUGUUUUCCAAGAUGAGUGCAAAUUCAAGGAAACCUUGCUGCCCAAUAACUACAAUGCGUAUGAAUCCAACGUUCACCGUGGUUCUUACAUAGCCCUGAGCAAACACGGCAGGGUGAAGAGAGGAAACAAGGUUUCUCCUGCCAUGACAGUGACCCACUUCUUACCAAGAAUAUGAGCACCAGAAAAACAGAAGAUUAAAUCCCAGGACAAAGUGUUUCGUUUUGCACAUGGGGAAUAACCUCCCAGCUAAAGUAUUUAUACUGGUCAUUGAAAAAAAAAAAAAAAAGAAAUCUCUAUAUGUAUGUGUAUAUUUGGAUAAAAAUAUUUGUACGAUAUUCAUUACGUAGCAUAUGAAAUACAAUGCUGCUUCUCUUCUACUCUGUACAAAUUUUACAUGGCUGUUUGCCUCCUUUGGUGCUGUACAGAGUAAAAUGCAAGAUGGAGUGCAAAGGAAGUUUUUGGAAGAUGCAGAAUGGCUGUGGGCAACCAUCUAAUCAAUCAUAGGUGAUUUACUAAAUAUUAUUUACCUCAGAUAUUAACCUGUUGUAGUGAGCUGUUUACAUACCAUGGGCCAAAUCACCAGAUGAUUUUGCUGCACCAGAACUUCAGGCAGUUCAUUCCAUCUGAAUACCUGCCUGCAACCCCCUCUACAGACUGCAUCCUGUGCUGUCAAGUCCUCAA